ACUAAACUUUGUCAAUUUUUAAGAAAUGAGAACGACAUCACUGGCUACACUCCGUAUGGUGCUAGAGCAAGGGACGAACUCGACGUUGCUGGGGAGUUCUUUUCGCGUGGAGGAAGUGGAAUUGCAAUGUUCUUGUUGAUCCUACCUAAAGAUGGAGGAAAUGCUCUUCGACCGAUGAUUCUCGAUGAAGCAUUGACGGUUGAAGAUAAAAUGUCAACGAACUUCACAAUGUUCAACCCGACAACAAAUCAAAGCGAAACAUAUCGCGAUUUUUGUUUCAGUUUUUGCCAGAUCAAUCAGCCUUUUGUACAGUUUGCUGUAAGUUUAUACUAA